AUCCCCCUUUAUGAUAAAUCGAUCCAGGGGAUAGUGUCCGAGGUGAUUCGAAAGACUCAAUUCGAAGAGAUUCAAAUGCAACUUUCGUCUGCUUUUUAAUAUUAACGAUGUGGACCUCGGUUGACCACAGAAUCACUUAUUUGCAAAGUUUUCUAUGCGGUUCUACAGCAGGUGUGCUAGGUCGAACUGUGACCGCCCCACUGGAUGUCCUAAAGAUAACCUGUCAAGUGAAAGGUUCUCGAACUGGAAUGCUUUCUGUGUGUAAACAAAUUUAUGCAAUGGAAGGAUGGAGAGGGUUUUUCAGAGGGAACUUAUCAGCCUGUGUAAAGAUAUUUCCAUAUUAUGCUGUUCAGGUUUGGUCUUACAAAAAGUUCCGUUGGUACAUUCAAGAUGAUCUAGGGCGUUUAAAUAUUUCCGGUUCAGUUUCAGCAGCCACUCUCGCUGUGUUGAGCGCCACUGUGUUCACCUACCCGUUGGAUUUGAUAAAAACAAGACUGGUCGUCCAGCCGUAUGGCAGACAUAAGACUGUAUACAAGGGUAUCUCCCAUGCUUUUCUCUCAAUUAUCAAAACAGAGGGCCCACGCACUCUCUAUAAUGGGCUAUGGCCUACUCUGUUAGGUACAGUGCUGUAUGCCUUCUGUACGUUUGUGACAUACGAAGCACUGGACACGUACUGGUGGGACAGAAGACUCCGUCCAUUAGAACUGGUUGUACAGAGUGCGGCGGUGUCCUCACUGGUCAUCACCUUCACCUUCCCGUUUGAUCUUGUCAGAAAAAGAAUGCAGGCAAAAAGCAGCAGUCUUCCUUGCAACGGUGGGGUAGGGAUUAAUUUCUCCAAUGCCAGAACCUGCGUCCUCAACACGGUACAGAGCUCCGGUAUACGUGGACUUUGGAAAGGACUUCUCCCCACUAUAGUCAGAACGGGGCCAUACCAUGCGCUGAUUUUUCUGUCUUAUGGUAUGUGUAAAUCGGCUUGUUUGUACAGGAAUGGUUACAAGGGCGGCAUAGAUCCAAACAUCGAGAUGGAAGAGCUGCAGGAAGCGGCGGAUUAUGACGUAGAUUUUGAUCUACAGUUAGACGAUUGAUAAAAUCUCACAAAUAAAAAAAACCCAUCUUCUACGUAGAUGUACUGAUAUUAAAAGAGAUUUUUUUCUUCCGUUAUAUACAUCUACUAAGACGUACAUGUAUUUUCUAACACUUAAUAAAAAUUGUUCUUGAUAAUAGAGUGUUUCUCA